GAUCUACAGCACAGAGAUCCAGACAUGACACCUACAAUCAUCUCAAAGGAGAUUCUCCCUCUUAGCAACAAGCUGAGAAAGCCAAUGGUGGAGAAGAUGCGCAGAGAUCGCAUCAACAGCAGCAUCGAGCAGCUCAAGUGUCUUCUGGCUCCAGAGUUCCUCAAGCAGCAGCCUGAUUCCAAGCUGGAGAAAGCAGAUAUCCUGGAAAUGACGCUCAACUUCCUGCAGUGUCACGAUUCCAGUUCACAUGCUGUCAAUCAAGGCUUCUCCAGGUGUGUCGAUGAGAUUGUGCACUUCCUGUCCAAAGAUGAGAUGAAGACACAAAGCCAGAGAAGACUGAUGGAGCACUUCCAGAAGCUGCAGACAUCAUGUGAGCAGAACAGGAGGGAAAGUAUCCUGCCAGACCAGAAGACCUUCAGUGAAGAGAUGAAUGUCAACAAGAGCGCCAUCUGGAGGCCUUGGUAGAGCCUUAAAGACUCGACUCAGUGGACUAUUACACUUUUAGUUUCUCUUUUUGAGAAAAAGUGUUUCAUGAGUUCCAGUUUGGAAGAGAUAUUUGCACUGCUAAGUGCUCUGAUGAUUCAAUCUUCUGUGAAGAUAUUUCCUUUAAUUAUGGCACAGUGUGCUUCCGCAGGCAGACUUAUUAGUCUAAAAGUGCAUUAAAAUGCAUUUUUUAUAUCCUUUGGGUAUAAUUUUCACAUUUGAGGUGAUGCAUUAUGUGACUGUAAAGUCAAAUCAGCUUUAUUUUUGUUUCAUGUUGAAACAGUUUUUAUUUUUUGCAAGUGGUGAAAAUCAUUUAUUGAUCUUUUUGAUCAUAUUUGUUGCUUUGUGAUGAUGAAACGAUACCUGUAUUAAUAUGUCACUGCCCUGUAUAAGGGUGUUAAACUUAUGAGCUUAUAAUAAGUCUUUGAAUUUCAUUCGAAUGUGAAAGAUUGUCAAAAUGAUCUAAUCUGAACAUGUUAUUCAUGUUUUAUAAGUUUGGCCAAAAGUUGGCCAGUGUCCAAUAUUUGGAAUUAAUAUUUAGGAUUGUUUUCAAUCGCAUUGAGAUUUACUUGAAACCCGACUGGGCUUGUAUUUGUGUUUCUAAGGAAAUAAUAUGCAGAUCUGAAAAGAUCAUGGAUUUAUUUUUUAAGAGGUUAUACCUCAUCUUUCUGUCAGUACCAUGUAUUGUGUGUCUGAACUGCCUUUUAUAAAGGUAUUUAUUUCUUGAACCAUUGUGAAAACCUUUUCACUGUGUAAGUGAAACGUUGUUUCCUUCUGUGAAGGAAUUCAUUUUAAAUUAUGAAACAAAAAGGCCAUUGAAUGUAUUUCAAUCAGUCUGUGGCGAAA